AUGCCAUUCAUCGAAAACCAGGCCACAACGGCAGAACCCAUCGUCCCAGUGGACGUCAAGGGGAAAGAUGCCUUCCAUAAGCUAGUAGACGACCUCAGUGCCGUCCUUGGACCGUCGUCGGGCCUUGACUCCGACGACGUAGACCCCAUGGACAUCCAGAAGUUGAUGGAGGGAUACGUAUCGAACCACGAGGAGUGGCAGCGAUAUGCGUUGGCCGAUGAGUCCCGAGCCUAUACCAGAAACCUCGUAGAUGAGGGCAACGGCAAGAGUAACUUGGAGUCUGUGGUGCGAAGAGAACAGGAAGACCAUCUAGCUAACAUGGCAAAAUUGAAUGCAGCUCAUCCUCGUCUGGAACCCGGAGUAUUGACCCUUUCUUUUUCUUUGCUUUCCCGUUGGGAGAGCAAAGUCGAAAGAGCAAAGCCAAAGAAGAAAAGAGAUGAAGAGAUGGAGAAGAGAGAGAGAGCAAAAGAGCCCACCAUCCUGCAUGGUUCGUUAAAAGAGCACAGAUACGACUGGCCAGAGCAGGACAAAAUCAACAACGGCGAAGCCUGCCCCCUGACAGUCACCAAGGAGACCACCCUUCGGGAGAACGAAGUGGCAUACAUGUCCGAUAAGGUAAGUUUACCUCUCUCUUGUAUGUGUGUGUGUAUCCGGAAGCGGAUGCUGGCUUGGUUUGCAUGGCUGACAUUGAAUAUCCAGCUUGGCCUGCAUAAGAUCUCAAACCCGGAUCCAAAUGACUUUGCCAUCUCUCUGCACUACGAGGCCUACCUCUUUUUGCUAGUGCUUUCUGUCUUUGCUGACAUCCGGCACCCAGUGUAUACUCCUCCAAACGCAGCCCACUUUGGCUGUUCUCUGUUUGAUGAGAAGACAGGCAAGUCUCAUCACAUCAAGCAGUGUACCUUCUUCUCCAACCGGGGCUUGAAGCUGUAG